AUGUGGAGCCCAUGGGGUUCUUGGAGCCAAUGUAGUAAAACAUGUGAGCACGGUACAAGGAAAAGAACACGUCUGUGCAAUCAUCCAGAACCAGCCUUUAAUGGAACAUUCUGCGCUGGUAUUGGACAUGAGACGCAAAACUGUAGCGGUCUUCCCGCUUGUCCAAGUACGUGCUGUCUUCCACAAUGCCUCUAAAACUUCCAUAUAUUUUUUUGUCGAGAUUAUAUUUGAAAUUUAACCCAUUUAACUAUAAUUUUCUUUUAGUUUCUAGUCUUUUAAAUUGUCUUUGAAUGUCACUUUAUGCAAAACUAUCCAGGUUCCAGAAUCCAGUAAAAAGUUUUUUUCCUGGAAUACGGAAUCUUACGGCUUGGAAUUCAGAGCUCAGCCUAGGAAAUUCAGAAACCCGUGAAAAUUAUAAUCCAGAACCCAUAUUCCACUAACAAGGAACCCAAAUUUCAGUACUUGGAAACUGGAAUUCACAGCGUGGAUCCUAGUAUUGAAUUCAAGACUUUCUUUGAUUACCUUGCAUGAGAAAUUAAUUUCCGGAAGAAAAGGCAGAAAUACUCACUUUUUGUUCCUUUGUUCCUUUGUUCCUUUGAUUUUUCCUUUCGUAGUAAACGGAAUGUGGGGCUCAUGGUCCUCUUGGAGCGCUUGCAGCAAGACGUGCGGUCAGGGUACGAGGGAGAGGAAACGGUUGUGUGAUAACCCGAAGCCAGAUUUUAGCGGCAACAAGUGCUUAGGUUCUGACAUUCAGAAGGAAAAUUGUAGCGCCCUUUUGAGUUGCCCAACACCAAGUGAGUGUUAAUAAACAUUCUAAAUAUCUAUGGUUUUCGACCAAUGGUGGAUGCUUUAGCAACUGUCGUCAACCGCGAAGAGUAAUUGAGUUUUCAGCAAUUCAGUAACCGUGUUUUUAUAAUUGAUGUUAUUAUUAUUUUUUUUAUUAAGUUGACGGAAUGUGGAGCCCAUGGGGUUCUUGGAGCCAAUGUAGUAAAACAUGUGAGCACGGUACAAGGAAAAGAACACGUCUGUGCAAUCAUCCAGAACCAGCUUUUAAUGGAACAUUCUGCGCUGGUAUUGGACAUGAGACGCAAAACUGUAGCGGUCUUCCCGCUUGUCCAAGUACGUGCUGUCUUCCACAAUGCCUCUAAAACUUCCAUAUAUUUUUUUGUCGAGAUUAUAUUUGAAAUUUAACCCAUUUAACUAUAAUUUUCUUUUAGUUUCUAGUCUUUUAAAUUGUCUUUGAAUGUCACCUCAUGCAAAGGUAUCCAUGCAGAUUCCAGAAUCCAGUAAAAAGUUUUUUCCUGGAAUACGGAAUCUUACGGCUUGGAAUUCAGAGCUCAGCCUAGGGAAUUCAGAAACCCGUGAAAAUUAUAAUCCAGAACCCAUAUUCCACUAACAAGGAACCCAAAUUUCAGUACUUGGAAACUGGAAUUCACAGCGUGGAUCCUAGAAUUGAAUUCAAGACUUUCUUUGAUUACCUUGCAUGAGAAAUUAAUUUCCGGAAGAAAAGGCAGAAAUACUCACUUUUUGUUCCUUUGUUCCUUUGAUUUUUCCUUUCGUAGUAAACGGAAUGUGGGGCUCAUGGUCCUCUUGGAGCGCUUGCAGCAAGACUUGCGGUCAGGGUACGAGGGAGAGGAAACGGUUGUGUGAUAACCCGAAGCCAGAUUUCAGCGGCAACAAGUGCUUAGGUUCUGACAUUCAGAAGGAAAAUUGUAGCGCCCUUUUGAGUUGUCCA